CGACCAGUGAACGGCUCACUGACAUUCAUGUUCUUUAACCGGAGAGGAAACUCUGUGGAAGUCUCCUCAGCUCACAAAGAACCACACUUGAGAUCUUCAUCAUGGACCCCAGCCGACUCGCCAGAAGGUUGGCUGAAGCCGGUCAGUCACACCUCCUGCAGUUCUGGAAAGAGCUGAGCCCUGAGGAGCAGAGCGACUUGACCUUUGACCUGCAGGAGAUGGACUUUCAGGAGAUUAACAGGUUCUUCCAGAAGGCCAUGGAGAUGUCUAGCGGUAGCAAACAGGAGAAGAUGGACGCUCGAAUGGAGCCGGUUCCUCGAGAGAUUCUGGGGAGUGUCACGAGAGACCGGGAGAGACUGAAAGAUUGGGAGGAAGCAGGUCUGCUGUGCAUCUCUCAGAGUAAAGUGGCCGUCCUGCUGCUGGCAGGGGGGCAGGGGACCCGAUUGGGAGUCUCGUAUCCUAAAGGCAUGUACGACGUGGGGCUGCCCUCACGCAAAACCCUCUUUGAGAUCCAGGCCCAACGCAUCCUGAAGCUCCAACAAUUGGCGGAGCAGAACCACCAUGUCAAGAACUGUGUUCCCUGGUACAUUAUGACCAGCGGCAGGACAAUGGAGUCCACCAAAGCCUACUUCUCCCAAAAUCAGUAUUUUGGCUUGGACCAGAACAACGUGAUCUUCUUCCAGCAGGGAAUGCUCCCAGCGAUGGACUACGAGGGGAAGAUCCUCCUGGAGAAGAGGGGGAAGCUCUCCAUGGCUCCUGAUGGGAACGGGGGUCUCUACAGGGCUCUGGGGAACCAGGGCGUCAUGGAGGACAUGGAGCGGAGGGGCGUUGAAUUUGUCCAUGUUUACUGUGUCGAUAACAUCCUAGUCAAAGUGGCGGACCCCGCCUUCAUCGGCUUCUGUGUGAAGAAGGGAGCCGACUGUGGAGCAAAGGUGGUGGAGAAGACCAAUCCAACGGAGGCGGUGGGUGUGGUCUGCAAGGUGGAUGGUGGUUACAAGGUGGUGGAGUACAGCGAGAUCACCUUGGCAACUGCCGAGAAGCGAAGCGCCGAUGGACGACUGAUGUUUAACGCUGGAAAUGUGGCCAAUCACUUCUUCAGCUUCUCCUUCCUCAGAGACGUGGUGAAGAAGUACGAGCCGGAGCUGCAGCACCACGUGGCCCAGAAGAAGAUCCCAUAUGUGGAUCCAGAAGGUCAACUCAUCAAACCAGACAAACCUAACGGGAUCAAAAUGGAAAAGUUUGUCUUUGACAUCUUCCAGUUCGCUAAGAAGUUUGUGGUGUACGAGGUCUUGCGGGAGGACGAGUUCUCCCCGCUGAAAAACGCAGACAGCCAGGAUGCAAAGGACACGCCCACCACAGCAAGACACGCCCUCAUGUCGCUGCACCACCGCUGGGUGCUCAACGCUGGUGGCCACUUCAUCGACGAGAACGGCAGACAUGUUCCCGCCAUUCCCAGAAGCGGGGGAGCAGGCAGAUUCUCAGAUGAUGGCAAGACAAACCUGAAGGACGGAACAGACCUGCCGAUCAAAUGUGAGAUCUCACCGCUGGUGUCCUACGGUGGAGAGGGUCUGGAAGAGUUGGUGAAGGGACAAGAGUUUCAUCCAAACCUGAUGAUCGAUGAGACCGGAGUCCACCAGCUGGUGAAGAACGGAGUGUAGACGAGGAAGAGGAAGUCAAGAGGAGGGGCGGGGGGUAUCCGAAGAACAACCGCCCUAUUCUCACUCAAACUGUGAUGUCAUCACUGUGCAAUAAUAACAAUGUGGUGAAAGAAGCCGUCAGCUCCAUUAUGAUUGAAGUUUACUUUACAUGUGAUUCUCUGCUCUGUGUAUUGGUGUCUUAUUUCCGGUUUUGUUAAGCACUUAAACUGAGGUGAAGAUGAAUUCCCCAUCAGGCUGACUGAAUGAAGCGGUCUGCAGGUGACACUUUAUUUUUAUAUAAUCCAAUAGAAGCUGGCGGAAAUCUAUUCCUUUUACCUGGUGAUUUUUUUAUUCACGUAGGACUAAGAUGACCAGAUAUUUCUUACUAUUUACUAUUUAAUCAAGGUACUGGGGGAGGAGGGGGGGUUAUAAUAUCUACAUCUUUGUUUGUAAUCAUUGAAGAUUCGAUAUUAUGCAGCUGUGAGAGAUGCUUAGAUUUCUUCUUUAUUAAAGACAUUUAAUAAUUAAAAAACCUA